GCAAAGGGAAAUGGCUCAUUACCGUAAUGACUACAAAAAGAAUGAUGAGGUAGAGUUUGUCCGAACUGGCUAUGGAAAGGAUAUGAUAAAAGUUCUCCAUAUUCAGCGAGAUGGAAAAUAUCACAGCAUUAAAGAGGUGGCAACUUCAGUGCAACUGACUUUGAGCUCCAAAAAAGAUUACCUGCAUGGAGACAAUUCAGAUGUCAUCCCUACAGACACCAUCAAGAACACAGUUAAUGUCCUGGCGAAGUUCAACGGCAUCAAAAGCAUAGAAACUUUUGCUGUGACUAUCUGUGAGCAUUUCCUUUCUUCCUUCAAGCAUGUCAUCAGAGCUCAAGUCUAUGUGGAAGAAGUUCCUUGGAAGCGUUUUGAAAAGAAUGGAGUUAAGCAUGUCCAUGCAUUUAUUUAUACUCCUACUGGAACGCACUUCUGUGAGGUUGAACAGAUAAGGAAUGGACCUCCAGUUAUUCAUUCUGGAAUCAAAGACCUAAAAGUCUUGAAAACAACCCAGUCUGGCUUUGAAGGAUUCAUCAAGGACCAGUUCACCACCCUCCCUGAGGUGAAGGACCGGUGCUUUGCCACCCAAGUGUACUGCAAAUGGCGCUACCACCAGGGCAGAGAUGUGGACUUUGAGGCCACCUGGGACACUGUUAGGAGCAUUGUCCUGCAGAAAUUUGCUGGGCCCUAUGACAAAGGCGAGUACUCGCCCUCUGUCCAGAAGACACUCUAUGACAUCCAGGUGCUCACCCUGGGCCAGGUUCCUGAGAUAGAAGAUAUGGAAAUCAGCCUGCCAAAUAUUCACUACUUAAACAUAGACAUGUCCAAAAUGGGACUGAUCAACAAGGAAGAGGUCUUGCUACCUUUAGACAAUCCAUAUGGCAGGAUUACUGGUACAGUCAAGAGGAAGCUGACUUCAAGGCUGUGAUGUUAUGGCCC